GCUCCGGGAACACGACCGAAAAGGAAGCGACCCGCCCGGCCGGGAAGCCCCGCGCCGCCCCGCGCCUCGCCCCGCCCCGGGCAGCUGGUCCCUGCCGGCAGCGGGCACUGCCAGGCGUCCCUCCGCUUCGGGCUGCUGGGGCACCCGCUGGGCAUUGCCAGGCGCCUGGGCACCGGCCAUGGCUCGCCUCCGCCUGCUGCUGCUGCUGCUCCUGGGCCGCUGGCUGGCGCUCGGCGGCGCCUUCAAUCUGGACGCGGACGGCCCGGCUGUUUACUCGGGCUCGGAGGGGAGUUACUUCGGCUUCGCUGUGGAUUUCUUCGCGCCAGACUCCUCCUCGAUAUUUCUUCUGGUGGGCGCUCCAAAAGCGAACACUACACAACCUGACAUUGUAGAAGGAGGCCAGGUGCUCAAGUGUAACUGGAAUUCCAACAAAAACUGCCAGCCUGUUAUAUUUGAUUCCAGAGGCGACAGAAAUUUUGCACCUAAUGAUCCACUGGAGUUUAAGUCUCACCAGUGGUUUGGAGCAUCUGUGAGGUCUAAAAAUGAUAAAAUUCUGGCCUGUGCCCCCUUGUAUCAUUGGAGAACUGAAGCGAAACAGGAGAGAGAGCCUGUAGGAACUUGUUACCUUCAUGAUGGAUCUAAGACUGUUGAAUAUGCUCCCUGCAGAUCGACAAUUAUUGAUGCUGAUGGACAGGGAUUUUGUCAAGGAGGCUUUAGCAUUGAUUUUACAAAGGGAGACCGGGUACUUCUUGGAGGACCUGGAAGCUUCUACUGGCAAGGUCAACUCAUUUCUGAUCGGGUGGCAGAAAUUGUGUCUAAAUAUAAUUCCAAAGUCUACAGUAUAAAGUAUGAUGACCAGUUAGCAACACGGUCCGCUAGUGCUGCUUUUGAUGACAGCUACUUGGGUUAUUCGGUGGCUGUUGGAGAGUUCAGUGGUGAUGGCAUAGAAGACUUUGUAUCUGGGGUUCCAAGAGCAGCAAGAACGUUGGGCAUGGUGUCUAUUUACAAUGGGAAAAAUAUGUCAUCCUUGUACAAUUUUACUGGAGAACAGAUGGCUGCCUAUUUUGGAUAUUCUGUAGCUGCCACUGAUAUAAAUGGGGAUAAUUACACAGAUUUGUUUAUUGGAGCUCCCCUUUUUAUGGAGCGUGGUUCUGAUGGCAAACUUCAAGAGGUGGGUCAGGUCUCCAUAUGCCUUCAACAAGCUUCUGGAGGCUUUCAGAUCGUAAAGCUGAAUGGGUUUGAGAUCUUUGCGAGAUUCAGCAGUUCUAUUGCACCUCUGGGGGACCUGGACCAGGAUGGCUUCAAUGAUAUUGCAGUUGCUGCACCCUAUGGUGGGGAGGACAAAAGAGGGGUUGUUUACAUCUACAAUGGAAGAGCGACAGGUUUGAAUGCAGUGCCAUCUCAGAUUCUUGAAGGACAGUGGGCCGCCCGUACCAUGCCACCAAGUUUUGGGUACUCACUGAAAGGAGCCACUGAUGUGGACAAAAAUGGAUAUCCAGAUUUGAUUGUCGGAGCCUUUGGUGUUGACACAGCUGUUUUGUACAGGGCUAGACCAGUGAUCAGUGUAAAUGCCGGCUUAGAAGUUAACCCGACCAUUCUAAAUCCUGAAGAAAAAAUCUGUGAACUGCCAGAUACUCGUGUGAAAGUUUCCUGCUUUAAAGUAAAGUUCUGCUUAACAGCUGAUGGCAAAGGAAAGCUCCCCAAUACACUCACCUUCCAAGUGGAGCUGCUGUUGGAUAAGCUUAAGCAAAAAGGAGCCUUAAGGAGAGCUCUGUUUCUCCACAACAAACAGCCUGGUCACUCUAAGAAUAUGACUGUUGUCAAAGGGGGCACGAUGCGUUGUGAAGAACUUCAGGCUUUUUUGAGGGAUGAAUCUGAGUUUAGAGACAAACUUACUCCGAUCACCGUUUUCAUGGAAUAUCGGUUGGAUUACAAAACAGCCAAAGACUCAGCUGGAUUACAGCCCAUCCUCAACCAGUUCACUCCUGCUAACAUUAGCAGACAGACACACAUUCUGCUGGACUGUGGUGAAGAUAAUAUCUGCAAACCAAAAUUGAAGGUUGAAGUACACAGUGAUCAGAAGCAGAUCUAUAUUGGUGAUGACAAUCCUUUAACCCUGAUUGUCGAUGCCCAGAACCAAGGGGAAGGAGCCUAUGAAGCCGAACUCUUUGUUAUCAUUCCACCUCAAGCAGACUUCAUUGGUGUUGUUCGUAACAAUGAGGCUUUAGCACGUCUAUCAUGUGCAUUUAAAACUGAGAAUCAAACUCGCCUGGUGGUCUGUGACCUUGGAAAUCCCAUGAAGGCUGGGACUAAACUAUUAGCUGGGCUGCGUUUCAGUGUGAAUCAGCAGUCAGAGAUGGACACCUCCGUGAAGUUUGACUUACAGAUCAGAAGCUCCAAUCUAUUUGACAAUUUAAGCCCAACCACAUCUUAUCAGGCUGACCUUGCCAUCUUAGCAUCUGUUGAAAUCAGAGGUGUCUCUUCUCCUGAUCACAUCUUCCUCCCCAUUGCAAACUGGCAACCCCAGGAGAAUCCAGAGACAGAAGAAGACAUAGGACCUCUAGUUCAGCACAUAUAUGAGCUGAGAAACAAUGGUCCAAGUGCCUUCAGCAAGGUGAUGCUAAAUCUUCAAUGGCCUUACAAAUACAACAAUAACACCCUGUUGUAUAUUAUGCAAUAUGAAAUUGAUGGACCCAUGAACUGCACUUCAGAUAUGGAGAUCAACCCAUUGAAAAUUAAGAUUUCAGUUCCUAAACCAGAUGAGAAGAAUGAAACAAUUAGGGAUGAAGAUAAUCGUGAUCACCAUAUAAAUCGAAGAGAUAUAACUGCCAUUGAAGGCGAUGUACAUACUUUGGGCUGUGGAACUGCUGAAUGUUUAAAAAUAGUCUGCCAAGUUGGCCGCUUGGAGAGGGGAAAGAGUGCAAUAUUGUAUGUAAAAUCCCGCCUUUGGACCCAGACCUUUAUGAACAAAGAAAACCAGAAUCAUUCGUACUCGCUCAAGUCAUCAGCCUCAUUCAAUGUCAUAGAGUUCCCUUACAAGAACCUUUCAUUUGAAGAUAUCCACAAUUCUACAGUAGUUACCACAAAUAUCACCUGGGGCAUUCAACCACAGCCCAUGCCAGUGCCAGUGUGGGUUAUAAUUUUGGCUGUCCUAGCAGGAUUAUUGCUCCUGGCUGUUCUAGUCUUUGUAAUGUACAGGAUGGGGUUCUUCAAACGUGUGCGACCUCCUCAGGAAGAACAAGAAAGAGAACAGCUGCAACCCCAUGAAAAUGGCGAAGGGACGUCAGAAGCUUAAAAAGAGUUUUAUCUGUGUAACAUACUGAAACUGUAAAAAUGCCAGCAUCUUGGUUACAAAUUUUGAUUUCCCUCUUAAGGAACAGACACUCCACGACUGCACUACUGCUGAUGUCUUUUGGCAUUGGGAAUAGCCUUAACUACAGAUUAAAGCAAUAUAUUUAAUUCUUCCCUUGUAUUAAUCACGUUAAUAGAUGUGACUAAUACAUAUGCACUGAUUUGGAUGUCAAAAACAUACAUGAUAUUUAGUUCCAUGAUUUUGCUAAUCUAAUUUCAGAGACACUGUCUUCUGAUGCACAGACUAGUGUUGUACGAACUGCUACAUAGAUAUCACUUACACUCCAUAAACCAGAAGUUCCCAUAGUUCAUUGCUAGAUUUAGUAUGUUCUCUGUUGAUGGACAUUUACAUUCAGACACUAAUUUUCAAGCUCUCAGUGGCUAGAUGCACAAAAUGAGUAUAGCUUGUUUUACAAGUCUGCCUUGAUUGCAAAGCUUUUCUGUCCUUAGACUGUAGGCUGAUGAUUUCCCCCAAAAAAGUAUACAUGGGACUAUUCAGCAGGAUCAUUCCCAUUUGCCUUCUCUUCUGCAUGUUGGUAGCCCUUUUUGUAGGGAAUUGGAGGUCAGCUGCUUCCAUGGGACCAUUUCUUCUCCCCUCUCCCACUCCUCUUGAUUUCAUAGAUGGUGCUUCACAGGUCUUGGUCUGCAUUUUUAACCCAAUAUAGUUACACUGAUAUCAACCCUAGUGUGGAUGAUGUUAUACCAAUAUAAAGGUUCCUUCUGCUAGGAUAGCUUAGUACCCUCCCAAACAUAAAUAAACUAUACCAGUAUAAAUUCCUUUAUGCCAAUGUAACUGUGUCCACACUAAGGGUAUGUCCAGACUACCCGCCGUAUCGGCGGGUAGCGAUCGA